CGGGGUUAUGUAAAUGAAGGAGACGGGGCGGAGGCAGGAUGCGCGCUCCCGACACCAGCCUCCUCAUCACCGGCUCCAUCCUCUGAGGUGCGUUCGCAUUCGAACCGUGGACCGCUCAGACCUCGCUCUCCUCUCUGUUCUGGACGAACAUGGCGUCGAAAUGUCCGAAGUGCGACAAGACCGUGUAUUUCGCCGAGAAGGUGUCGUCUCUGGGCAAAGACUGGCACAAGUUCUGUCUGAAGUGCGAGCGCUGCAACAAGACGCUGAACCCGGGAGGUCACGCUGAGCACGAUGGGACUCCGUUCUGCCACAAGCCGUGCCACGCCGCGCUCUUCGGACCCAAAGGUGUGAACAUCGGCGGAGCAGGCGCCUACGCGUACGACGCCCCCGUCAGCGAGGCGCCCCCGGCCGUCGCCGUGGAAACAGAUGCCAGAGCGCAGCAGCAGAGGAGAGCGCCGGCGCGAGGACCAGUGAAGGCCGCAAGCUUCUCCUCCUUCUCUGGAGGAGCCGACGUCUGCCCCAGAUGCAACAAAACCGUUUAUUUUGCUGAGAAGGUGUCGUCGCUUGGAAAGAACUGGCACCGGCCCUGUCUGCGCUGCGAGAGAUGCAGCAAGACUCUGUCUGCUGGGAGCCACGCAGAGCACGAUGGACAGCCGUACUGCCACAAACCCUGCUACGCGGUUCUGUUCGGACCCAAAGGGGUGAACACGGGCGGCGUCGGCAGCUACAUCUACGACGAACCUGAACCUGAAGCUGAACCUGAAGCUGAAGCUGAGCCUGAAGCGCAGCCUUAGGAGCAGCCUCGCGACCGACACCACCUCCAGGAGCCUCAUCGCCUUCAGAACCACAGCCACAGGAGAUGUGAUGAUGUGGAUCAGUGGAUGUUCACCUUGUAUUUGUAUAUGGUUUAUAUAUCUAUUUUUUGUACUAAAACCAGGCUUUGACUCGUGUGAACUUUGCCUUUUAGUUCCAUUUGCCAAACAGUCAUUAACAGUCAUUAACAGUCAUUAACAGUCAUUAACAGUCAUUAACCCGUCAUGCAGCCGACUGUAGUGAACUAGAGCGUCUUCACUCAAUAAUAGUGUUAUUAGUGCACUUCAAAUACUCUGUACUGGAGAAAGUACAACCCACUACGUUACUGUCAAUGUUUCUAGAACUGUUUCCACUCGAGUGUAAACAAACGUUUGCAUUUCACUGAAUGACAGUGAGUUUGAUGUGUGCGUUCAAACGACUCGUCGCGUUUUCUACCAAUAAACAAUGUGAGACCAAA